ACAGGGAGGUUCCGUUGCACUUGAUUAGAUGAGGAGCAUCUCGAAGCCGGUAUGAUGGGAGCAGAGCGUGAAAAUAUGAAUGUAUGAUAUCUACAGUCCACCGUCAUUUGGAGGCACGUUCAAAUUGUUGCAAAAAUGAAGAUUUGGAGCACUGAGCACAUAUUCAGCUACCCUUGGGAGACUGUGAUCAAAGCAGCUAUGAGGAAGUAUCCUAAUCCAAUGAACCCUAGUGUUGUUGGAGUGGACGUUCUUGACAGGAACUUGGACACACAUGGACGUCUACACAGUCAUCGGCUCCUCAGCACGGAGUGGGGGCUUCCAGCAGUUGUCAGAGCGAUUUUAGGGACAAAUCGGACCAUCACAUAUGUAAAAGAACAUUCCAUUGUGGACCCAGAAGAGAAAAAAAUGGAGCUUUGCUCAACAAACAUAACCCUAACUAAUUUUAUAUCAGUUGAUGAAAGGCUUGUCUACAGGCCUCAUCCAGAAAAUCCAGAGGUAACUGUAUUAACCCAAGAGGCGAUCAUCACGGUGAAGGGGGUCAGUCUGAGCAGCUACCUCGAGGGACUGAUGGCUCUAACAAUGUCAGCCAAUGCAAGAAAGGGAUGGGACGCCAUUGAAUGGAUCAUUCAAAACUCUGAAAGAGAAAAUGUCCCUUUGUGUGACUUGUGUUGAACAGAGCCUGUAAUGAGGACCACAUGAUCAACAGCAGCAGCAGCAGCAGCAGCAGCACCAGCUCUGACACCACAUCUGGCCAGCGUGACUUUGCCCCGUCUCUCUUUGUGUUGAUGCUUGUGCUCGAAGGUAGUCAAAUUAGUGCUCAUUUAUGCACUGUUGGAUUUAAAACCUCAUAAAAUUGCACUAUUACAGACAAAACUGUAUAGAGUUUUGAAUGUCGCUACAAAAUAUGUAUGCACUGCACCGACUACCUCUUAUUUUAGUGUUCUUUUAAUGCCAUUACAGGGCAUAACAGUAUCGAUUGGAUGUUAAUUUGGAAUUCAGCACCUUGAAGUUCAGAAUAUCUAGAAAUUGAAUAAGAUUUUUGGUGUGUUAAUUAAAAUCAUGAUUAAGGGGAAUAUGAGUUAAUUUAGUUGUUUGCAUGGAUAGUCAUAAAGUGUAAUUAAUCAAUAAAGCCUAACUUGUAGGAUAGAUAUUAUCAAAAGUCAGUUUUUAGUGUUUACUUUAAAAUAAAGUCCUAUAUUUCAAAGUUUAUGUUGCUUCUUAACACAUUGUAAACAUAUUGUCAACCCAUUUGUAAAGGCUUUUAGUUUAUUUAGUAGAAUUAUAUGAAUGAAUGCUUAUUUAUGGUUAUGUUAAAAAAUAACUUAUUUUAGUAUUUUAUUCUUAUAAUAUUACUGUGGCUCGGUAUGAAAAGCAUGUUUGCUUUAUUUUUUGUUAAAUUAUAAAUUGUCUGUUUUCUUUAACAGUUCAUUGUAUCGAAUUUAACAAAACUUAUGUAACUUACAUUUGUAAACUGUUUGAUAUUUAAAAACAUUUCUUGUCAAAGUAUAUAAACAGAUAGUUGUUAAGGUCUUAUAGAGCCCCUUAUUGGCGAGACAGUUUAAAAAGAAAAACUAUUUCAAAAUUUUUUUUAAUUGUGCUCGAAAAGCUGAAAUGGGCAGACCGUGAACAUCUUGUGUGAAUUAGUUUUUGUUUCUUUUUCUGUUUGUCCCAGAAUUUUAAUUUUUUUUUAUUUUUUAGACUGCCUUGUUAUUGCAUAUUUGUAAUGUUUCUAAUUGUUUCCCUAAUUUUAUUGUUUCAAUGAAGUAUAAUGAUAUGGUCAUCAGUGUCACAGCUAAUUAAACAAUUAUUUCACUAGUCAUAGAACUACAUGCCUUAGGAAAAACGAAAUAACCUACUUGGCAUUGCGUAAAGCUCCUCCACUGGAAAAAAAAAAAAAAGAAAAAAGCAUGAUGAAACACCACCCAAGCAAAAGUAAACAAACUUAAACUUGGUUUGUACUGUAAUUGAGUCAUCUAUCAGUGCCAGAUGAAUUUCAGAAUUAUAUAUUUCAUAAUGUAAUAUUUUCAGCUUUGAUAUUGUUGAAGAGACUGAAAUGUCUUUGAAACGUAUUGCCUGACAGUCAGACUCAAGCCUUUUGUUAAUUAAGGCACAGCAGAAAAUCUUCACAGUCCUUAUGAUGGCUCCAUUUCUCAUUUAACUGUGACAUCUUGAUAUCAUUUUUUUUUUUUUUUUGAUUGGGGGGGAAAUAAGUCAUGCAUAAUAUAUGAUAAUAAAGUAUCUUAAAUGCCAUGGUAUUGUUCUUUUAAUGCAUUCACAAACCCUGUUUUUUCUCCUAUGUGGAGAAUGAGGAAUUUAUUCAAAGAAAUAAAAUACAAUUUUAGAAAGUUUCUUCUUUUAAUGCUAGUUUUCCUGUGAUGUGUAUUUAUUUUAAUAGUUAUACACAUUGUGUUCAUGUGUAAAUUACCACAGUGGAUACAGAUUCCAAAAGUGAAUGGUCAGUGUUGGUUAAUUGUGCUGUUUAUAGCUGGCAAUAUUUUGUUAUAGCAAAAUAUGCAGCACAUGACUUGACUGCAUAAAAGUUGGUGUUGAUGAGAUUUAUGACUCCUAGCAUAAUAUAUUUUCUUGAGAUAUAUUUUAAUGUCAAAAUAUUAACGUGUAAUUCAACAGUAAAACUCAUCUAUAAAAAAAAGAUACAUUUUUUAGUACAGAAUUACUUCUGUCAUAGUUGAAUUCAUGUAAAUACAAGAACCCAGUAUUACAAAUAUUUAUAAACCACAUAUGUAUUUAAAAAACCCACAGUCACCAACAGACAUAUUUAAAAAAAACAUCUCUUGUACACAAGAUGGCAGUAAAAAUCUUGCUAGGCAAUGAUGGAUUGUGGAUUAUAUCAACAGGACCGGUGACUUCUUGUUAUUCAUAGAU